GUUUCAAAUGUUUAUUUCGGUCGCGACUGUCUCUGGAGCCAGAACGCGCCACCCACGCACCACCAUCCGCACCUGCUCUUUUUUUCCACCGAUAUCCCAACAAAAUGUAGGGAUUUUCGAAAUCCCUGCCUUGAUCCCGUCGGGAAAUCGAACAAACUGUGGGAUUUUCGAAAAUUUUGCAACAAACUUUUUGUGCACUUCCGGAAACUUUGGUGUCGUGAUUUUUUGUGGUGACCGGAAAGAGGAAGCAUGCUUUGCAUAGUACUCGGUUAUGGUGUGAAGCUACAUAAUUAAAGGAUGUGGUGGCUGCUGCUGUCACUGGUGUGGUGGUGCGGCACUUGCGCCAUCCCGUCCCCGGGCCCUGAAGUGUGGAAAUGUCCGAAAAUUUCAGAACAGCCCGUGGUGGAAUGCAGCUGCGACAUGCCUCACACCUUGCGCUGCACUGGCGACAAGUCAGCAAUGUCAAUCAUAGCAAAAACACUGAGAUUGCACAAUGCGGCUGAUGUUUCCCUUUUGGACUGCACAGUUCAAAACGUGAGCGCCAUUUCCGGGCCUUUGCUGGAAGGGAUUUCCCUUCACGGCCUAGUCAUAUCUUCUGGGGAAAUUAGGGACAUUGACGAGUCGGCCUUUAAGGGCUUAACAGCGCCCUUGCAAGCCUUGGGACUCCCCAACAAUAAACUCGCAACGGUGCCGACUCAAGCACUCAAGCCUCUGCCGGAACUCGACAGACUGGACUUGUCCAGCAACAAGUUGAAAAGUCUGGAAGCCACCUCUUUUAAAGGCUUGCGGAACUUGUCGUUUAUCGAUCUGAGCGACAACAUGUUGACGAAAAUUGUGCCAAAUACUUUCGACGAUCUUCCGCAGUUGAAGAUAUUGAGACUGAGAGGAAACCGCCUCACUAUACAAACUAUUACGAAAUUGAAUCCGCUUCGAACCGUCGAAGAAAUCGACUUAUCAGGGAAUAAUUUAGUCGGACCGUUGGGUCCUAAAACCUUUCCGAAGAUGGAAAAUUUGCGCGACAUCCAACUAUCGCACAACUCGCUCAGUAGCAUUAAAAUGGGGGCCCUGCAAGGCUUAAAUAAACUGACUUCGCUCUCCUUGCAACACAACCAGAUCGACGUGCUUGAAGACCACGCUUUCAGUCACUUGACGUCUUUAGUCAGCCUUGUGUUGGCCCAUAACCGCAUUGUCGCAGUGUCUGGGGCCUCUCUAGCCCAUUUAAACAAACUGACAGAUUUGGACUUGAGGUUUAAUUUUCUCCGUGCCUUGACUGCAGACUUAAUUUUGCCGCUGAAAAGUCUGAAAAACUUGAAACUUGACGACAAUGAUAUUUCCAUGGUGGCUAGCGAUGCUUUAAAAGAAACCACAAUCUUGAAACACCUGACUUUAUCCGAAAACCCGCUCAAUUGUGACUGUAGUCUGACUGAAUUUGCGAUUUGGUUGAGUAAUUCGAGUUUGCCGACCGAAGACAAGGCGAGUGCUGUCUGCACCACUCCACCGUCCCUCGAAAACGGAUUAUUGGUGGAAGUACCGCUGGAAUACCUCCUGUGUGGGGAAGACGAACAAGAGACUCUCAUGGGCCCUUUAUACCCGCCAUACAAGACAAAAAUUAAUCUGAACUCGUUUAAAUACGACGGCGAGACGAUCAAACUACAGUGGAAUAUUGAAGACGAAGCUUCCACCUACAUUUGCGACGCAAUAAUCGUGUAUGAAGAGGAUGGAGAUAACGAAGUUUUGGUCGAAUCUAACCCAUUAAAAUGCAACUCAUCGCAUCUCCCAAACCCAAAAAUCCUGAACGUUACAGUCCCGAACACGAUCCAGUUGCAACAAGAACACAGAUACAGAUACUGCGUUGUUUUGUUUGAAUCAGGCCAAACGGACGAUUCCUCCCUCAUCCUGGGCUGUUCUGACAUUAUCCCCCUAAUCCGGAACGCAGAAAUCCAGCCCCAGCCGCAACACAACAUCAAAUACCCCAAGGUUUUGGCCAUCCAGGCCAAUCUAACCAACUAUGGGAGUCUAUCAAUUAAUGUGAAGAUCUACCCACAGGUGAAAUGCGAACUGAACUUGGCGAUUCUGGAGCAGAGCGCUUUGCUCUCGCAGCGGAAAAUAAACUGUAGUGACCCUAAGUACGUGUUUGUGGGGCUAGAUGAGGGACCGUACAGAGUGUGUGCUAACGUUAUAAGGCCUGGACCGGCCAUGGACGUGGCCAAGUCCCGGUGUGUGACAGUUUUUCGUAAAGAACUUCACGGUUUUACAACUUUAGACAUUGUUUUCGUGUCGGUGUUUUUCGUGUUGUGUUUCAUUGUGAUAGCGCUAAUUUGGGGGGUCAGGAGAGUUUUGUUGAAGCCUAAGAUACAGACGCAUCAGUGUUUUAUGCCGCCUGAGGGUGAGGAGCAACAGCAUAACAGAUACGUUAAGCUUCAAGCUACUACGAAAUUAUAAAAAGCCUCUUGUUGUUCGAUUUAUAAUUGUGAUGUAGGUAUCUAAUGACUUUUAGUGCCAUAUAAAUUAAGGUUUUGUUGAGUGCAAAUACGUCAAUUUUUAAGUAAAUUACUCGAUGUAAAAUAUAUUUUUACAGUGUACAUAUAGUCACUCUUACAUUUAUAAAAACAUAGGUUUUAAAUAGUGGUUACGUCUGUUUGAAAAUGUUAUACAAACCUUGCUUGCUGCUGGAUAAUUACAAUAACUUGUGCAUGUGUGAAUUAAGAGAAAUAUAGUUUUUUCUAAUUUUUAAAGAGGUGGUCAUUGUUAAAUUAAACAUAUCUCGUCUGUUAUUAAUUAUCCAAAUUUAUUUUAUUCAAAGAAUUAAUGGUGCUAAAAAUUAAAUACACUUUUUAUUUAACGAUAUGUUUUUACUCUAUGUAGGUCUAGUGUAGUUUCGUCCACUUUUUUGUAAAUAACUAACUGUGUUAAUUGUUAUCUUAAUGCCGUUUAAACUAAUUCGCUGAUUUAAUGAAUUUAGAGGCAAGUAGAAAUGUUCUAAGUAAGUUUCUUGUAAAUAACUUUGUACUACUAAUGCUUGUUUUCAUUUUUUGUUAUACUUUUAUUAAACAAAUAUUUAUGCACUGCCUUGUAAAAUAAAAUAUUUAAUAUUUAAAGCGUUUUAUUCUCCUUAACACGUUACAAACCAAAUUUUAUGUACAGGCUGAGUGUGCUAAAAGUAUAUUUUUCCGUAUCUCAAAAACUAAUAAUCACACAGAAAGGAGCGUUUGCCAUUACAAAAACCUCUUAUUUUUUCCUCAUUUUCCUCCUUUUGAACUUAAAAUUUUUCCCUAAAUCCCAAAUCAGAAGUAGGUAUCUUAUCCAAAUAUAUAAAUAUUUUGUUUUCCGUUUUCCUUAUACUAUUACAUCCUGCAGAAAAUAGUGAUUAUUUCAUCAGUUGUCUCUUUGAAGUAGAUGAGAAGGUAUCUAUUGUGUGUCGUAAAAAAUGCUGAAGUUGUUUAUAAUUUUGUUGUUGAGCGUAGUAUCUUAUACUCUAUCAAAUUCUUUUAAAGAAAAUCUUUCCGAUUUUUCCAAAUGCAAACACAAUUAUUCAAGUGCAGAAGCAGGUUACAAAGACUUUUUCAAUGUACUAUCCACCAACAAAGAAGAAAAAGAGAGAGUCUUAAACCUACAUUUUUAUGUGAAAACUACUAAAGAUGCUCAUAUUCUUCUAGUAUCUUCUAAAUUUGCUGUUGAUGGUCAUAAUCAGUCAGUAUAUGAAAUAGUGAUCGGAGCAAAUAAUAACACCCAGUCUAUUAUUCGGAAAAAAAUUAAAGUAGACGAAAAAAUUACGGUUAAUACAAAAAAUUAUGUGACAGAAAAGGAAUUUCGUUCUUUUUGGAUACAUGCAAAUAAAUAUGGAGUAAUAAGUGUAGGACUCGGAGGGGCCGAAGAGGCGUUUAUGGUGUGGCAAGAUCUUAAUCCAUUAUCAAUAAAAAAAUUCAGUUUUGGUUCUUACAUCAAUACCACUGCACAAUGGUACUUCAAUUGUCCAACAGAAGCUCGUGGCGAAUUAAAUGAGGAAAAUACAAACACUACGCUUGUAUGCGGUAGUGGUUCUGAUAAACUAAAUAUUUUUAUUAGUUUAAAGUUGCUUCUAUUAAUUAUUCUAAAUAGUGUGUAAGAUGUAUGCACAUACGCUUGCGUGUUUACAUUACCAGAAUAAAUUUUUGAUAAUGGAAUAAAUUAACAA